AUGAAGAACUGGGGAAGGCGCGUUCCAACAAACGUGGCACCAAUAGUUUACAAAUUACUCGUAGAUCGUUUCCUAAAAUGUCAAUUUUUGUUUUCGCUUCUCUUACGUCCACUUUUGACAAGUCGUAUUCGGUUCCCGUCAUUUCCUUCCACCUACACAGAAUUGGAUAUUUCAGCUGCAACAAACAGUUUCAACACGUCAUUUGAGGCCGAUUCGAAGUGCGAAGUCGCGUCGUACGACUCAGUAAUGUAA